AUGCCCACCGGGAAAAUAUAUAGGAGGAUUGAAAUCGCUGAAAAAAAAGUGCAACAGAAGGCAGAGAAUGAAGUUGAAAAGAAGAAAAAGGCCGAAGAACGUAAGAGAAAAGCGGAAGAAAACAAAGCAGCAAAGGAGGAGAAGCAGAGAAGGAUUGAAGAGCGGAAGAAACAAAGAGAAGAGAAAAGGGAAGAGGUAGAAAAGGAAAAGAAGAAGAGGCUUGAAGAGCGCGAGAAAAAAGCAGCAGAACGGAAGCAGAAACAGGAAGCAAUUGAAGCGAAAAAGAGAGAGAAGAAAGCUAAAAAGAAAGAAUUGGUACAGUUAGAGCGAAUGACAUCAAGUGACGAAGAUUCGGAGUCAUCCGAAGAAGGCGGGGUUGAGAUUGAAGAUGAUGCCUAAGUUUGUAGUUGUUAAGUUGAAUC